UGGAGCUCAUAAAACACAAAGCAUUAGGGUUUUUUCUUCGUGUGGACUCUUGGUGGCUCUCUCUCCCAGCUAGCUGCUGCUGAAAUCUAGGGUUUGGUCCAGACAGAGCCAAAGGUAAUGGCUCCUCUACCAGUCAAAAGUGGUCUCUCUGUUGGACAGAACAAAGGGCACAUUGUCACCAGGCGUGAAUUGGCUCCUCGCCCAUCUGACCGAAAAGGGAAAACUAGCAAGAGGGUGCUCUUUGUGAGGAAUCUUAUUAGGGAAGUUGCGGGUUUAGCUCCAUAUGAGAAGAGGAUCACUGAGCUUUUGAAGGUGGGUAAGGAUAAGCGUGCUCUGAAAGUGGCUAAGAGAAAGUUGGGUACCCACAAGAGGGCAAAGAGGAAGAGAGAGGAGAUGUCCAAUGUUCUUCGCAAGAUGAGGUCUGGUGGAGCUUCCGAUAAGAAGAAAUGAGGGAAGAACAUAGCAUUUGAAAUUUUGACCUCAUAAAGUGGCUGGAAUUAUUUUUGUAGCUCAAUUAUGCUUUCUAUUUUGAUUAUGCAUUUUGCUAAAACCUCUAUAAAGAUGGUAGAAUUUUGUAAUUUUUGAAACCUUUGAGAUCACUGGAAUUUCUAUUGCAUCUAGUACUUGUUUGCCAGCUGUCUAAGAUUGAUCUGAUUUAUAAAGGGUGUUUGGAUUA